UACACAUCCUUCUCUAUCCAUUUCACUCCAUCUCCCUCUGCUUCAAUAUAGUUAAAGGUUUCUAUCUUAGCUAGCCUUCUAGCAAUGGCAACAAUGGCGCCGACCUCCAUCGUCUUCUCCGUGGUCGUCUUCCUGCUCCUUUCCAAUGCCAUCACCACUCAAGCCGGCGGCUCUGGCAGUGGCAAACCUAAGGCAACAAGCCUCAUAGUGGAAGCGUGCAAGAACGCCUCAGGCGAGAGCCAAGACACCGGUGUCACAAAGGAAUUCUGUUUGUCGACCCUCCAGUUGGACAGUCGGAGCGCCAAGGCUAAAGACCUCUGUGACUUGGUGGUCAUCUCGAUUGACAUCCUGAAGGGCCGUGUCAGUGAUGCUGGCGUCAAGGUAAAGAAAAUGCUGCAAAACGCCAAGAAAGGCACGCUGACAAUGUAUGCUCUCAGCAUUUGUGAGUUGCAAUAUGAGAAGGUGGUGAGCACGCUCAACGUCUGCCAAGCUAUGAUUAGGGAUCACCAAGGUGACAAGGGCGACCUGAAGUCAUUGGGUCUACUCCAUUGUGUGGAUAUGACCGGUGAGACAAUCAAAGAGUGCGAAAAUGAGCUUGGAGAUGUGCGAGGGGCGGAGGCGCUGCUUCGUGAAAACGAGGGGUUGCGCAUUCUGGCCAACCUAAACAGAGCCUUGGUUGCACCGUAUGAUGUCUAAUGUUUGUGUUUUAUCUGCUUGAAAGGGAUGUAGAUCGAUGUGACAUCGGUUUUACUGUUAUUUGAAAUAAUAAUCACAAUGU